AUGAAACUUGAAGAUUUAGCUAAUGAAAUCUUACUUGAUUUAUUUGAAUUAUUGGAUGAUAAAGGAUGUUCCGGAAAUUUUUGUUCAAAAUUAAUAAGUGGAGUCUAUUUACCAUAUUAUGAAUAUGAACAAACAUUUGAUUUACAAUGUGCAUUAAGUAUUAUAAUAUCUAUGAAUAAUAUUGAUAUUAAAGAAAAAAUUUAUUCAAUUGAAAUAUUAACAGAUAUUCAUAAAAGACAAUUAAAAAUUUUAGAAGUCUGGAAAGAUACUCUACGAGAUAAUCAACAUUAUUCAAAUUUAUUAAAUUUAAUAAACAACUUUGAUGAAAAAUCAGCUUUUGAGAUUUUAAAGGAUCAAAUAGAACAGGGUGUGGGUGUGGGUUGA